AUGUAUAAUCCUCAGAAUCGCAAUGAGAAUGAAGACCAGACCACCUACUGUGAACGUUGCGACAUCAAAUUUGAGACGCAGAAGGCGUACUCUGAACAUUUCCAGCAGUCUGUUAAACACGCUAAUGAUUUCCAAUUGAGUGAAGACCAGGAACUAUGCGGCAAGCACUUCUCGACGCAGGCGGCGUGCCGCAAGCACCACCUGGCGGAGCACCCGCGCACUUCCUUCUUCGCGCCCAACGAGCGCCACAUCUGCGAGAUCUGCGGCAUGUCGCUGGCGCCCGGCAGCGUCUCCAGUCAUCUAAACACUCACACCCGGGAGAAGUUAUACUCCUGCAGCACUUGUGGUAGACAGUUCAACAGCAAAGGUGGCAUGACCACACACCAGCUGACACAUACGAGCGAGAAGCCCGUGGCUUGCACACUAUGUGAUAAACGAUUUAAACAGACCAGCAGUAUGAAAUUACACUACCGAACGUUCCACCUCAAGGAACCAUAUCCAAAGAGAAAUAGAAAGAAGAAAUCAGAAGAAGGUUCUGGAAGUAAACUGGAAGAAUAUCCACCUGAAGAGUCAGACGAGAACUUAACCCUGGACAGAUGGCCUUGA